AUGCCUCCGAAAUCCUCAGUGUCCUCCUCCAGAGCCUGGGAUGGCGUCAAGCCCCCGCUGUCGGAUUGGAUCCUCGAAGCCGUUGCGACAUUAGGCUUCACGCGCAUGACGCCGGUCCAAGCAUCGACAAUCCCGCUUUUCAUGGCCCAUAAAGAUGUGGUCGUCGAAGCCGUAACCGGAAGUGGGAAGACAUUGUCGUUUCUCAUACCAAUUGUGGAGAGGCUGCUACGAUUAGACGAGCCGAUUAAAAAGCAUCAUGUCGGAGCCAUUGUGGUAUCUCCCACGAGAGAGCUAGCUUCGCAAAUCCAUCAAGUUUUGUUGUCGCUAUUGGCUUUCCAUGGCCCUUCUGCCGCCGCCAUGACGCCGCCGGACGAGGACGCAAACCAGACCAAAGCAUACCCUUCAAGUUCCUUGAAGGUCAUUCCACAACUUCUCCUGGGAGGAUCAACUACACCCGCAGAAGAUCUGAGUUCGUUUCUGAAGAAAUCCCCAAAUGUUCUUAUUGCGACGCCCGGUAGGCUGCUAGAACUACUUUCGUCGCCGCACGUGCACUGUCCCCAAUCAUCGUUUGAAAUGCUGGUUUUUGAUGAAGCCGACAGACUGUUGGACCUUGGCUUCAAAACCGAUAUCCAGAAGAUUCUCGGGCGACUGCCAAAACAGAGGAGGACAGGCUUGUUUAGUGCCAGUGUGAGCGAAGCGUUGGAUCAAAUCAUCCGAGUCGGGUUGCGCAACCCCGUCAAGGUUGCAGUCAAAGUCCGUGGUGCAUCUGGCGUUGAAGAGAAGCGGACACCCGCAAGCUUGCAAAUGACAUAUCUCGUCACUCCUCCCACGCACAAACUCCCUGCCGUGAAUAAUAUCUUAAAAGUGUUGGAUCCGAGGCCACAGAAGACUAUACUUUAUUUUGCUACAUGCGCAAGCGUCGACUACUUCCAGCACAUUAUUCCCCUUCUGCUUGGAGACGAAUUCACCGUUAUACCACUUCAUGGGAAGCAUCCAUCUAACGUGCGACAAAAGAACUUUACCCGAUUUAUCAACUCUAUAACUCCUUCCGUACUACUGACAACAGAUGUGGCGGCGCGUGGGCUGGAUAUUCCAUCGGUCGAUCUAGUCAUUCAGAUUGAUCCCCCAUCUGAUCCCAAGGUAUUCAUACACCGCUGCGGACGCGCGGGCAGAGCAGGCCGCCGAGGUCUGAGCAUAGUUCUUCUUCACCCAGGCCGUGAAGAAGACUUUGUUCCUUUCUUGGAUGUUCGCAAGACGCCAGUGACUUUGUACGAGAAUUCGUCAUUAUCUAUAACCGAUGAAGACGCCUCGAAGGCAACCACGACGGCACGCAGAGCAGUCAUGUCUGACAGAGCCCAUCACGAUAAGUCCCAGAGAGCAUUUGUUAGCUGGCUACGAAGCUAUAGCAAACACCAAGCAAGCAGUAUAUUUCGUGUUGCUGACUUGGACUGGGAGGCAUUAGGGCAUGCUUGGGGCCUGCUCAAGCUGCCAAAGAUGCCAGAAUUGAGACAUUUCAAGGGUGAUAAAAGCUUGGGAAUGUCGAUUGACUGGGCCAAUUACGCUUAUCAGGACAAGCAGAGAGAAAAGAACCGGCAAGAAGCUCUACAAGAAGCAGAAUCAGGACAGCAGAACCCUAAGAAACGGCCCGCGAGUGAAAGUGUGGCCUGGAGCGAGAAUUUGGAAAAGAGAAAGGAAAGGGAAGAGCGGCGCGAGAGGAAGAAGGCUCGUCGUGACAGGGAUAAAUGGGACAAGAUGACCGAGGACGAGAGACAGCAAGUCCGCGAGACAGAGGCCAUGGUUGAAAAGGUUCGCAAGGAAGCAGAACUGCAACGAGAGAAAGAUGCAGCGAGCAAGAAUGCGGAAACUGAAGGCGAAGAUGAGUUCAAAGGCUUUGACUGA